GAGUUUGGGAGGGGUGAUUACUGGAAUGCGUGUAUAUUUCUGAAUUGAGUUUAAAAAAAUAUUUAUCAGUGCAUACGUAGUGCUAUUACGAUUAUAUGUGUACAAUGAACCGUUCAAGAUGUGUUUAACAUCACGUGCUUAAUUUCACUUUCUAUGGGCGUAGAUAAUCAUGCAAAAUGGCCAACGAUUUGUGGUCAUGUACCUGUUGUACGGAGGCGCUGACUUGCUGGCUGCGGCUGAAGCUGUCUCCGGAGGAGAUCGAGCAGCGCUACAGGAGCAAAGAGAUCGACCGGAUAUUAGAGAAGGACAAGCAGACACUGCGACGGCAGGUGAAGCUGCUGCUGCUCGGAGCGGGUGAAAGCGGGAAGUCGACAUUCCUCAAACAGAUGAGGAUCAUACACAAAGUGAAGUUCGAGCCUGAGCUAGUACGAGAGUACCAGCAUGUGAUAUAUCAGAAUAUAGUGAAAGGAAUACAAGUUCUAGUUGACGCGAGGGACAAAUUGGCGAUACCGUGGGAGAAUCCUAGAAAUUUAGAUGUAGGACAGCAGGCGUUGCACUUUAACAGCACACAGACGCUGGACAGCCGGCUGUUCAUGCACUACGCACCGCACAUACACUCCCUGUGGCUCGAUAGGGCCAUCAAGAGGGCUUAUGACAGGCGGAGAGAGUUCCAACUGAGCGACUCAGUAAGCUACUUCUUCGAUGAGCUGGAGCGCAUAGCGCGACCAGACUACAUGCCUUCCCACCAAGACAUCUUACACUGCCGGAAAGCCACCAAGGGCAUCUCCGAGUGCACCAUCAAUAUCAACAAUGUGCCGUUCGUAUUUGUCGAUGUCGGCGGGCAGAGGACGCAACGACAGAAGUGGACGCAGUGUUUCGACUCGGUCACGUCGAUAUUGUUCCUCGUUUCGUCCUCGGAGUUCGACCAAGUGUUGUCGGAAGACAGGAGAACGAAUCGUCUCGAAGAGGCGCUCAACAUCUUCGACACGAUCGUCAACAACGUCAACUUCAAAGGCAUUUCCAUAAUCCUGUUCCUCAACAAGUCAGAUUUACUAGCGAAAAAGGUCGCUAGCAAAGAGACAGACAUUCGCUGGUACUACCCCCAGUUCGCUGGCGACCCGCACAAUCUCGCCGACGUGCAGAUGUUCUUACUUGACAUGUUCGCGAACGUUCGUCGGGAACCAAAGACAACACUCUAUCACCACUUCACAACAGCCAUAGACACAUACAACAUAGAGGUCGUCUUCAACUCCGUUAAAGACACCAUUCUUAAUCGUAACCUUGAAUCACUCAUGCUACAGUGAUAAGUGUUAUAUUGUGAUAUAGGAAUCGGCGUGCAUAAUAUGAAAGACAGUUAUGUUAGUUACUUCGGGCCUCCGCGCGGCCUAAUUGUUGUAAAAUAUGUAAUUUGACAUGUAUUUAUUUACCAAUAAUAAAUGGUAAAAACUAUGUAUAGUCUAUCGUAACGAUAUUUGUAUAUCAGUAUAUUUAUGACCAAAAAAUGUAGAUUUUGCACUUGGAAAAAUGUAUUAUUAUGAUCACGUUAAUGGAUACGUUUCUACGAGUAUACGUAGGGGACUGUAUACAGUUAGUGGCGUUACCACGAAUUUGACACUAACAUAUUCGCUAGCGUGUGCGUAACUUACUGUCUGUAUCUCGCUCGUACUGGCAUAUUAGUGCGAGCGAGAUAUAUAGAAAGCAAGUUACGCAGAUGUUAGCGAAUAGGUCAGUGUCAAACUCGUGGUAAGGCUACAGUUAGUGGGGGUAGACUUAUUGUCAUGGACAAAUUUGUGUAAAGCAAUAUUGUUUUUAAUGCUCCUUUAGGUUAUUCGAAUUCCAUCGAAUAAUUGUUACUUAAACGCCAAAAAUCGUUAUUACUCGGAUUUAGAGUUAAUAGUGAAAUCUUUGUAGUAUCUAUGCUCAAAACUUUUGCCAAGCGACAAGGGAUAAUAACGAUUUAAAGCAUAUGUGAAUAAAAUUGUAAGUUAUACCAGAGAUAAUUAAAUAAUAAACACAGCUAAUAUUCAUACAAAUACCCAUUUCUUUGUUGUAUUAUCUCUAAAUGGUAUCAUUAUAAGUGAAGUUUCAUUCCCAUGUAUAGUUAUUUUGUAUAGCGCUAUGAACACACUCAAAUAACAGCGCCAUCUAGUGAACGGGUCUCAGCAUUCACAGCGCCAUCUAAGAGGUGCUGAAUACGAAACAACACAUUUAUUGUAUGAAAAUUAGCUGUCUGUUAAAGUAUCUCUGGUUGAACCUGAUGAGCAUGCAAUAUAAUCAGUGCCAAGUCGAGACCUGGUGCGUUGCGGUCUCUUCUAUUUAAGGUGUAAUGUCACAAACUAUAUUUAGGAACCGCAUGAGUAAGAUAGGUGUUUUGAACCAAGAAAAAUGACUUACUGUUAGAAUCCGUCUAAGCUAACUUUUCACCGACUUGAAUGAAUGAAUUGUUUAUUUGCGAAAUGACAUAUUUUCAUAGAAACUGGUCAUUAAUGAUGCCACACUUUGUCAUUGCAAAAGACAUGAAAAGUAAGCUUGGUCCGAUUUUACAUUAUACGCAUACGAGCGACCCGCCCCGGUUUCGUAAGGGUAAACCUUAACAUAUUAUAAACCUAAACCUUCCUCAAGACUCACUGUAUUGAUAGGUAAAAACCGCAUGAAAAUACGCUUAGUAUUUUUAGUUUAUCGCGAACAUACAGACAGACAGACGCGGCAGACUGGCAGGGCUCUUCGUUUUAUAAGUUUAAGACCGUAGCUUUAGCGAAGGUCUCCGAUUUAAGUCUGUCAUUUUGCUUUAAUUUGUAUGUCCAGAUGUUCUCUUUAACAGGUCGCAAUUUUAACCGAUUCUCAUGAAAUUUUGUGAUCAGAUUAUAUGAUUAAAUAAAAAAAAUGUCGAAACAGUUUUUAGAAAUUUUUCAAAAUUUCGAAAUUGGCAUAAAGGACUUUCACGCCAAUAGUGUUUAAGGCGCUUAAGAUCAUUGUGAGUUCACUGUAAUAACGACUCAAUGAACUAAGUAUUUUUCACUCUUAUAUUAUCUACUCUUAACGCGAGGUUCACAGCAUACAGAGCCACUGGUACAGUAAAUUGCCAAUCUACAGAAAAAAAAAUUUUUGGUUCAAAAUACUUCUAUCAGUGCUAGGAUUCCCUGUGAGGCAGGAGUUCCCAACUCCAGCAUAACGUUGGUUAAGAGUGUAAAACUGCUAAACCAAUUUUUAAAAAUAGAGCAUUUUGAACCUUUAUUUAUAUAGAAUAAAGUAAAAUUAAAUUAAUUUUAAAAAUGGAUGUAGCAGGUUUAUAUUAUUAACCAACGAUAUAGCAAUAAAACGGCGCCGAAAUCAAUAAAGCAGACCAGUAGAUUUUGAUAGUUCUCCCCACCACAUUUUAAAACCCUUUUUACUUGGCUCAAUGUAAAGGUUGGGAACUAUUGCUCUAAGGGAAACGAAACUAAUGUUUCUCCUCUAAAUUACAAUUACUGUGAUUAAAUUGAAAUUAAAAGCUGCUACAGCAACUAAGCUCGUUGUAAAAAAUAUUCUUUUGGAAAAUACUUUUGACUUUUUGGUACUAACGCUCAAUAUUGCAUAAUUAUUUUGAACUUUAAAUAUCCUUGUGAUAUUGUCACAUGUCGUGAGUUCGUUUCCACGUGUUACUGGCGAGAGACGAGUGAACAAUAGAGACUGCUUAUCUUCAUUUUUUUUUUUAGGUUUAUUGAAAAAUGAUGAGGCAGGCUGCACACGUCCUACAAAAUUGUAUUACUGCUGCGAUCAAACGCCAUCCAGUAACUAAACACUUUCAAUGUGUCCUUUGGUUGCCAAAGACUCUUCCAGGCUACACUAAUCUACAAGGAUUUCCCAAUAAAAACAAAUAUAUUCCAAUUAAUCCAGCUUUGAUGAUUCAUUUGAAGGCAAGUCUCAUUUUCCAAAAGUGCAAUCUAAUUUGAACCUUAAAUCAGAAUACUAAAGUUGAAAUUCUAUUGGCGCGUAUGUGGUCGAUAAAUCGUACUAUGCCUGGAAAAGGGUUUAAUUCGUCCCGGGUAGUGUAUGGCGACCUAUACAAAGCUAAGAACUCUUACUCUUUUGAACGCAACGCCUAUGUAUAACGAACCAUCGUGAACCUUAUUAAAAUGCAUGAAGGUUAAUAUUAAUCGUACCCGCGCGCGUCUGGGGCCAUCUUUGACGGUGAACGGGUAUUAAGUGUUAUGGCGUACGAUGUCAAUGUAACGUUCAUGUUUUAAAGGCAAAGCUUGUGCGAUUAUUGUAUAUGAAUUAAGGCAUUUGAAUGGUGAAAAAUAUCUUGUCGUGAUCUCGGUAACGUUACCUAAAAAUACUAACGCUGUUUUGCAGUGGGCAUAAGCAGUCCUUAUUAUGAACUUGUCUCGACUCUUGCGAAGAAUCCGUCCCUCUUCACAUCUGCAAACUGCAAAGACAUGUAAUCUCAUUAGAUGCUCUAGUGUAUAUUGUUUUAAUUAUGCGUCUUUUAUACUAUUUACAUUUUUAUUAUGAGGACCUCCGCUAAAACGUGCUGCGCAGUUGCACGCGUGUCAAUAUUAAACUUUCAUAUCUGUCGUGGUCAAAAAUCUGGGGUUCGGCCCUCGGUUGUGCGGUUCCAGCCAUUAUCGAUAAAAAUGCAAAAAAAAACAAAAUUCGGUCAUAAGGAUCCCUAUCAUAAACAAACCAGUUUGUUGUCAAACAAAUUACAAUUAAAUAAGUUUAAACAAGUUUAAACUUCACUCGCGCAUGUUAUAGCGGAGGGCCGUAAAGGGCACAAAUUAACGUCUCGUAAGGUACGAUCAAUUCACUUCGGUACAUAAUUUGGUACAUUCGGUAUAAACGGUCUGAUUUUUGAAUGGACUAGGAUUGUUAAUUUUUGACAGUUUCAAUAUUGGUAUAACUGUUUCGUUUUUAGCUUAGAAACUUUAAAUUAUUCUUCAAUAUUUUAACUGUUACCUUUUCACGGCUAAACUAAUCAACCGGUUUUGAUCGAAUUAUAGAAGAUUUUAGUAAGUCCUGAUGUUAAAAAAUGCUACUUUUUAGAAAAUUUUGCUUAUAAAGAAACGAGUAAAAGUACAAACGCGUAAAAAAUAAAACUUUAAUCUGUUGCCUUAAAUUAAUAAUCCUAGUGACCAUUAUAUUAUUGCAUAAUUAUGAUCAUAAUAAUUAUACUCAUUUAGUUGUAAGUUUCAUAAGCUUUAGUGUAUUUAUUUGAAAUCGGAUAGAAGGUAAAUUUAUUUACUUUAAAAAAGGUCUAUUUAUUAUCUGUGUAAUUGAAUGGUUUAUUUGAGGCUAUAUUUUGUAAAUACCUCUAUGAUUUAUUGUGUACCUACAUCGCGGUAUUGGGCCGUAUAUUUAAGCGUUCCAACCUUUACCAUCAUACAUAGAAAUUAAAAUCAAUGGUCAUAAAUCUAUAAUUUAUAAGUCAAUCCCCAUAAAUCGUAAUCGGUGUAUUGACAAUUUUCAGAGUCACUCAGGGUCUAAGUAAUUUUAUAAAAGUAUAAUUUACAAUCUAACAAAUCUAAACUGGCAACACCGUGCAAUAAAUCGCUCGUUAUUGGUCAAGCAAUUGUCAGUCGCAUCAAUAUUGCCAAUUUUCACAUGUAAAAUUAUAAUUUGUGCUUUUAUAAAAUGGCGUCUAGGUAUGUUUGUGCUCGAUUUCUCGUAAAUGUAUGGUGGUGACCGGAACGCUGAAAUUUCAUAAAUAGAUUAGGUUAAUUUACUUCACGUUUUGUCAACCGUAUUGGUAGAGGGGUUUGUAUGGGUUUUGCGUUUUCCAUAAUAGUGAUACGUUGCAUUUAAGAGUGCCAUCGCGUGUACAAACGGUUGCCACUGAAAAUAUAGACGAAUUGUCAACACAGCUUAUAUUGACUGUAUUGUAACCCCCUUAUUCAUAAACGUGUACUAAAGUUAUGAUGCCGCUGAUCAUCGUUUGUCCCUUUCCAUCAUACUAAUACGUCGGAAGUACACGUUUAUGAAUAAGGGGGUAUGUGUGUAUGUUUUACUACCGGAUAUUUAGAACAAACCAAAACUCAGCCCUUUUAGCGUAUGACGCAAAUGUUGCGCUUGGGUUUAAGAUUCACACGAAUCCGUCGUAACGCCGCUCCCAUACAAUCGAAGAUACGCUCUCAUUUUAAAACGACAUUACUAAAUUAGAAUUAUGUGUAACUUAUUAUGAACAUUAACGUAACUGUGGUGAUUUGAAUAACUAACACUGAGUUUAAGAUGUAUAACUGGUCAACAGUGGUUUUGUUGCCUCUGGUAUAAGAUUGAUUUCCGAUGUAUUUAUGCUCACAAUUUAUGAAACCAUCAAUGAUUUUGGAAGAUUUGCUCUACUUUUUUUAACUCCAUAUUUUCAUUCUAUAUUUAAAAAAUCGAAACAUAUGAUACGAAAUAUGCUGAAGACAUAAAAACUGUGCACUUGAAAACAUAUCAAUUCGCACAGAUAUCUAGGGCAACAAAAAAAUAAUGUUGUUAUUUAUUAAAAAACACCACACGACAUUCUCAUAACGUAGAUAUGACAAUAAGUAGAAAAAUAACAGUACUGUCAACUCUUCAAACAGUUAAAACUUAAAUGAGGUUCAUAUACUAUGAACACAUACGAACUACAUACAUGUAUUUGCAUUGCUGUAUUAUUCUAACAGUAACAUGUAUGCCUGCGGUGGCAGCAUGGUUCCAUUUUUAUCGCCUGUCAUUAUUCCUCACUUUCGCACUUACUUGUUAGAACGUGACAGGCAUGGUGACAGAAGAUAAUUGCGACCGUGCUGCCACCGCUGGUUCAUUUCUAAAAACUGUUACCUAAAUUUCUUUUUAUUUCAGAGAGCGUAACUUCAAUUGUACAGGAUCGUGUCAUUCACGAAUCGCGCGUCUUGGCUCGUAUUGUCGUUAUUAAAUCUACGCGUCUUCGUGGAUGACACGAAUGGCGGCGGCUAGGUACAUGUGUAUGUACAAACGAUCUUACUAGCUACGGGCACAAUGGGCAGCGGCUUCGUAGUGCAGCGACUUGAAAGGAUGGGAAUACAGCAGUAACUAGACAUCCCGUAGUAUAACUUAUCUUACAUACACUUAUACUAUUUAACCGCCUGUAGAGACUAGAUACUAAGGUUUACAAAAAGGUAUAAUUUGGACUUACAUUAAAUGUUAUCAUUUUUACAUAUAAAGUUCUUAUAAACAGUCUGAUUUUGAGGAUGGAUUUAUCCGAUGAACUAUAUUCCAAAAAAGUGUCGGGUACGUGACGCUAAUUACUAUAGCUUCUGAUAAAGCUAAGAAGCCUUUAUUUGGCAUAAUAACGCUUGAUAACUUGCUGUAUAUUCUACGGUAUAUGAUAUAUAUUUCUACAGGUUAUUUAGGUAAAUAUAUAGCUGACAUAUGCCCAACAAAGUAGACCUUUUUAAGGAAUGCUUUUUAACCAUAGUUCAUCGGAGAUAAAUUCAAUCUGGACAGUUGUUUAAAUACAUUUUUUGGCAAGGUAUGUGUAAUGUCAAGAUUGGAUUCAUAUAUGUUAAACACCAAGUAUGUCUCGAAGUUAACACCUUAUUCUUUAAAACCUUGUAAAAAGGAAUAAAGUACAAAAUGCAGCUAAAUUACUUGACAAUGCGUGGAUUGUCCUAAUAACUAAUUUGGUUGUACUUUUAAUUGUGAUGGUUUUAAUCAAUUUAAUUGUAAAAAUAUCAAUGAACUAACAGUUGUACAUUUGAUACCAAAGUUCGAAAUUUAAAACUGGCUAUGAUAACUAUAACAUUGAUCUGUGAAAGGUUUUCUCAUAUGACUUUAAUAUUUGAAUCCAGGCCCUUGUGACAUUGUCAAUUCACUGUCCAUUGCUGAUUCAACAAGUAAACAUUCAUAAUUAUGGCCGUCGUUACUUACCGGCCCUGAAAUGAACAGGAGAUUGUCAGUGUCAGAUAUCAAUUGUCAAGUUGUUUUAUGUAUUUGUGAAAUUCAAUUUUGGUUGAUGAAAUUGAUGGAUCAAAUAGCAUUUGUUUGCGGAAUUGAUUAACCACUAAACGAUUUGAUUAAUAUCCAAUGUCGGUGAAAAUAAAUAAAGUUUUGGGAGUCAAGUAUCCGCAUGUCAGAAGCUCAAACAAUUUUAAAUGUACGCAUUAAAAAACUUUUAACUGUCCUAGAAUUUUUUUAUUUUUAUUUCUGUAUUUCCAUUUAAAGCCAGUGUUGUAAAGCAAAAAUAACUGAUCACGAUUUGUGUCAUUGUUCCUUGUGAUAUCGAACUCUAAAUGGUAAAUCUAUGGCUCAAAUGUCGUUCUAAGGUAAAAUAGACUAUCAGCAGCAGCUGCAGGGUCAUACACAUUUUGUUUGUGUUUUUUCUGCAGACAUCGCAAAGUUCAGAGUAUCUAAAGCUAAUAUAUGACCGCGGCCAGCACAACGUCCCACUUUGUCGCUUGCCAUAAGGAUGAGAUUUGCUUGUAUAUUUAUAUCAAUAACCUUUUCAACGCGUUCCUAUGGCAAGCGACAAAGUGGCCGAAAAGUUUUGCCGGCCGCGGUCACCACCUUUACUGAUACGGUCAAAGGGACGUGCCAACCGCGGUCACACUUAUUUUGUACGCUACACCCUUACAGGCGGGAUGCAUUUUAUCAGUAGUUGAUACUGAAUUAUGGGUACAUAAUUACAAAUAACCACUUUUUAACGUAUUUUCCGCAGAAGUGAACUUUUUCUGAAAUGUGUUUGGUCUAGGAACGACAUUUGGCCGUUUUUUUCCACUGCAGGUUACAAAAUGUUCCCGUGUGGGAUGGUAUUGGUACGAUUAGGGUAGGAUGUGGAAUAUGGGUCUCAAAAGAGCCGCGACCAAGUCCGGCGAUGUGAUUGUUAUGCUGUUAUGAUGGUGCAUGAAUUACUGUUACAUCAUAAGUAUACAAUUAUUUUAUAAAAUAAAAUAAGACCAUGUGGGGAACAGAAAUAGUUCAUUUUACUCGGAGCAAGAGAAACAGCAUGAGGAUUCACUACAAGUGUUUCUUUUGUCCCAAUGUUUCUUUCACCCCAUCUAACCUUGAGUUAAAGGAAAAUAAAUAAAUUACUUAACACCAAACUUCAAUUUCUGUAUUAAUGAGACUCACGCACUUUCAAUUUAAGAAAAAUAUGUGUUUUGGUAUCGAUGUUUUGGACAAAAUGUCUAUCAAAUCCAAAAACUUUUUUUUUCUUGUAUAAAGUCCAAGUUCAACAUACUGAACAUUGAGUUCUAUUUAUAAUGUAACAGUGACUCGUUAAGCAUCAAGUAAUGUUACUAAAUAAAGCUGAGGGUGUCAAUUCUUACGUAACUUGAUAGUGAACUUUAGAUAUAAAUUAUUUUAAUUGGCUUAUACAAAUUAUUUGGCAGAAUUAAGAUAGCACCCGAGGCUAAUGGAUAAGCGGUUAUAGCCUUUAAACAUUUGUGCGUACAAAUUAAAAGGUUUUAAGUUAUAUUCUCAAUAAAUAAGGACGUUACGCUCGAAGCAUUUAAUAUAUUGACUCGAUAUUGUUGUACAGUCAGCGUCAAAUACUUUGUAGCAGUCAAAGUGGCCAAAUAGUUCGAUACACCAUACUGAAUAUAUGGUGUACCGAACUAUUUGGCUACUUUGGUUGCUAAAAAUUAUUUGACGCUGACUGUACCACAGAAUAAAUAAUUGUACUACCGUACAGAAAUGACACUUCCUACAAAACCGAAGUUUGACAGCGAUUCAGGGACGAAUUAUGCUGUCCCUUUCUAAUGUAUGGCACUAUUCCUUUCGGCCAUUUAGGGUUGAAAAAUUCAAGUCAUUAUCUUAUCUGUGGUCGUGCACGUAUAGGGACGUCAGGUUGUGCCAACCCUAAUAAUUGCUUGGAGCACUGCUGAGCCGAACGGAGCCGGGAAAAGCCGAAAGGAGGAGUAUCGCCCCAUUGGGUGUACCCCUGAUGAUGCCGGCGGUCAAUGCCACUGUGCCAGCGGGACAGCAAUAUAAUUAUGCGUGUGCGACAGGGAUAGAAAAUGGCGGGACAAUGUACGAAAUUCUUUGUGCUUAGCGUCCUUAGCCUAGCCUGUAAUUGCUCAGAGUUAUGUAAUAAAAUAAUUUUUACCAUGAAUAAGUACUGAAAAGUAAAAAGUGCAAAUCCCGGUCCUUUUAAUAUUUACGCAGAAAUGUUUUGAAAAGUUGGUUUAGAUAGUUAUACGUUACGAAUUUUAAACAUAUUGUUAGGAGUCAUUUUACACUCGUGUUAUUGUAUGCUAGAGUGUUGACAAUAUCUUUUGGAAUUCCUCUAUAUUUUGUAUACAGCCCAAUAUUUAUUGUACAGUGUAAUAAAAUACAAUGCAUGUAUAA